UUUUCAUGUCAAAAUGGUGUAUCUUGCUGCUUUUUCCUAUGGUGUAUAGUCUACUGCUUUUUCCUAGGAUUUUUGCUGGCAUCCUUAGCGGUUAUUGUUCCAAGACGAGUGGACUUACCUUAUGUAUUACAUGUAUGAUUGUAUGAUAUCAGGAAACAAGCUUGGUGUUGUUAAGAUGGUGGACAAAGAGUGGGUGCGUUUGAAUAGGUAAUAGAAAAACUUUUUUAGACAACUAUAGAUAAACUAGUUACAUAUUCUUAAAACAUUUAACACACUUGGCUUGUACAUUUGUAGAUGCACUGACGAGUAUAUGAACGCAGCAUUGAACUUUGUGGAGAUGGCUAAUCAAUACGCAGGAUAUUUAGGAAAGAUUCUAUGCCCUUGCAAACAUUGUCGGAAUUUGAGUCACCAUUCUGUUGAUGAUGUUUAUGAACACUUGGUCAUAAAUGGAAUGGAUCCUACAUACACAACUUGGUUUCAUCAUGGGGAGGAACCAAGUGCUGCACAAAAACCUAAAGAAGCGAAAAUGUCAGAUGCACAUAACUUAUAUAGCGCGACUUAUGCACGAGAUGCAGACCAUCUUGAACCACUUGACGAAGCUAGAGAUGAGGUCUUUGCAAAAGCAUUAGAGGAUGCAGAAACUCCAUUAUACCCUGGUUGUGAAAAAUAUACGAAGUUGUCGGCAAUUGUUACUUUGUACAAGAUCAAAGCUGAAAAUGAAUGGACAGAUGAGAGUUUCACUAUUCUUUUGGGGAAGCUUCAGGAUAUGUUCCCCAUGGAUAAUACAAUGCUAUGUUCUGUUCGUGCAGUUAGAAAGUUCCUUAAAAAAUUUGAAUUGGGUUACGAGAAAAUUCAUGCAUGUGUGAAGGAUUGUUGCUUAUUUAGGAAAGAGAACGCAGAAUUAGAGAACUGUCCAAAAUGUGGUCGUUCGAGAUGGAAGGUAGACGUACGCACAAAGCAAAUAAAAAAAGGGGUUCCUGCCAAAGUGUUGAGAUAUUUUCCUAUAAUUCCAAGGUUUCGGAACAUGUAUAGGUCAUUUGAAGUAGCUAAAGAUUUGGUAUGGCACCAUACUCAUAGAAGCAGUGAUGCCAAGAUGCGACACCCGGUAGAUUCACCAACUUGGAAAACAAUCGAUGAUAAGUGGCCAUCUUUCUCAGCAGACCCACGGAAUCUAAGACUUGGUCUUGCUACCGAUGGUUUCAAUCCAUUCCGAAAUUUGAGUUCGACGUAUAGUUGUUGGCCUGUUAUGCUGGUUAUGUACAACUUGCCACCUUGGUUAUGGAUGAAAAAGGAAAAUGUUUUGUUGACAUUAUUGAUCCCAGGACCUAAGCAACCGGGUAAUGAUAUUGAUGUAUAUCUACGACCUCUUAUCGAAGACCUACAGAUUUUGUGGACCAACGGAGCACCUGUUUAUGACAGGUUCACUAACUCUACAUUCAAUCUGAGGGCCAUUUUGAUGUGGACAAUGCAUGAUUUUCCAGCAUAUGGAAAUGUUGCCGGGUGUAUGACUAAGGGUAAAUUUGCGUGUCCUAUAUGUGGUGAAAAUACUCAUUUUCUAUGGCUGAAAUUUAGUAGGAAAACUGUGUAUUUGUGCCAUAGGUGCUUUCUUCCACCAUCUCACCCCUUUCGGAAGAAAAAAUCAUGGUUCGAUGGAAAGGAAGAAAAGGGGAAAAAACCUAGAAUCAUGACUGGAAAACAAAUUUCGGAAACUCUGAAAGAUAUGAAGAAUGAUUGGGGGAAAGGUGGAGAAGGAAAUAAAAAACGAAAGCGGGACAAUGAAGAUAAACAAAGGUGGAAAAAGAGGUCAAUCUUAUUUGAUUUAUCAUAUUGGGAGGAAUUGCUAGUGCGUAAUAACUUAGAUGUGAUGCAUAUCAUUAAAAAUAUUAUUGAGAGCCUUAUUGGCACGCUGUUGGAUAUUAACGGAAAAUCCAAGGAUGGUUUAAAUGCUCGCAAGGAUAUGCAAGAUUUGGAAAUAAAGCACGACUUGCAUCCCGAAGAUCGAGGGUCUAGGACAUAUCUUCCUCCAGCUUCCUAUACACUUUCCAAGGAUGAAAAGCGAAUAUUUUGCAAGAGGUUGUUUGACUUAAAAGUACCUGAUGGGUAUAGUUCAAAUAUUGGGAAUUGUGUAUCAAUGGAUGAAUUGAAGGUCACAGGUCUCAAAUCUCAUGAUUGCCAUGUGCUAAUGCUUCAGUUGUUGCCUGUAGCCUUAAAGGGGUUACUACCAACUGGACCCAGAAAUGCGAUACUUCGCCUUUGUGCAUUCUUCAAUAAAUUGUGUCAAAGAGUUAUUGAUCAAGAAGAAAUGGCAACCCUUGAGGAUGAGGUGGUUGAAACGUUAUGCAUGCUUGAGAGGUUCUUUCCACCUUCAUUCUUUGAUAUCAUGGUGCACUUAACAAUUCACUUAGGACGAGAAGCACGACUUUGUGGGCCAGUCCAAUAUCGUUGGAUGUACCUUUUUGAGAGACAUAUGAAGAUAUACAAACGAAGUGUUGGGAAUCAUGCACGACCUGAAGGUUGUAUAGCAGAACGCUACCUUGUAGAAGAGUGUAUAACAUUUUGCAGCCGACACAUGAAAUCUGUGGAAACAACCAAUAGGGGACCUCGCAAUCAAGAUUUUGAGAACGAUGUAAUUCUCGAAGGUCGUCCAAUAUCAGCUGCCACAUCCAUCACAUUGACUGAUGAAGUUUUAGAAAGUGCACAUCGUUACGUUUUAUUCAAUACAGCCAUAGUGGAACCUUAUUUGGAGAUGCAUAUAGAGGAGUUAAAGAACUCAGAUGCCAGCCUUGGUCUUCAAAAAAAUAAUAGUUUACUUUUGAAAAGGCACGCUGACAACUUUUCAAAAUGGUUGAGGGAAAAGAUUCAGGUAAAAGCAUGCACAAAUAAUGAAUUGGAGAUACUACAAUGGCUUGCUAAUGGUCCUAGAAAGCAUGCCAUGAGUUAUACGGGUUAUAUCAUCAAUGGGCAGCGGUUUCACACAAAGGAAGCUGAGAAAUCAACCCAAAAUAGUGGUGUUUCCAUUGACGCGGCAACUCUGUGUAGAUCAAGUGUGAAGGACAAUGCACAAGUCGUUGAUGUAGUUUCAUACUACGGGGUGAUUAAAGAUAUAAUUUUGUUAGAUUAUCACACAUUUCAACUACCGAUGUUCAAGUGUGACUGGGCAAACAUUGGCCAUGGUGUUAGGAUGGAAGAUGGUUUUACACUUGUUAACCUACAUCAAAGUCAGACCCAAUAUGACAAAGAUCCAUUUAUCCUUGCAUCCCAAGCAAAGCAAGUUUUUUAUUCAAGGGAAACCGAAUCUUCAAAUUGGUAUGUUGUGCUAAAGGCACCUCCUAGGGGAUUUUAUGACUUGGAAAUGUACGAAGAAACUAUGGAUACAUCUUCUAGGCCGCAAGAUGUUUCAGCCCUUGGUAUGAACGAUGAUGAUGAUGAUGAAAGGACAGCUAAUGUUAGAGGAGAUUGUGAGGGUACAUGGAUUGAGGAUUUCUAGUCAUUGCGCCGUGUAACUUUUGGUUUUUCUUUUUUCGUUUGUAUCUUGCUAGGAUCUUUUUUGGUUUGUAACUUUUGGUAUGUUGUACUAAAGGCACCUCCCAGGAUCUUUUGGUUUGUAUCUUGCCAUUGUGCCUUAAUUUGGUGUUCAUAUUAUACUUGGAUAUUCGUUUAGUUAAUUUCUG